UGGCAGCGGCUAAUCCCUGGUUAUGGCAUCAAUGGCAUGUUGAGGUCGUCUUUAUUGCUUACUCCGUUUUAACUAUUCCUGCUGUCUUCGUUUCUUGUCAGCUAGUAACGUGAGUGUUUCUGACAACAAUGCGCCCAUUUUUCGCUUUCCCAAAAGCCGUGUUGUCGUGUCCUUUACUUAGACUGCAGCCCUACUGGUGUAGUUUCGCUAGAUAUUCCACUUCGUUGAAGCCAGCUAUCACGUCCAAACCUCGUCGUAUUUAUGUAGAUGCUCUAGAUUACAAAAUUCACGUGGAAAUUGUUGGUAAUGGGCCUCGUCCGGUCGUCUUGCUACCCGGUGCGAUUGGUUCCACCCGCACGGACUUUGCACCUCAACUUGAAAAGCUUAACAAACAGUUGUUCACAAUAAUUGCAUGGGAUCCUCCUGGUUAUGGCUUCAGCCGACCACCAGAGCGAACUUUUCCUGUUGAUUUUUAUCAUAGAGAUGCUCGAGUGUUAGCUGCAGUCUUGCAUAAACUGGGCCACAAACAAUAUUCUGUCGUUGGUUGGAGUGAUGGUGCAAACACUGGCAUGAUACUAGCAGCCAUGUACCCAGAGCGCAUUCAGAAACUUGUUGCGUUUGGAGGUAAUGCUUUUGUCAAUGAGCAUGAUGUCCAGCUUCUCGAAGCCACCAAGAACAUCGACAAAUGGAGUGAAAAGAUGCGGGCACCGAUGGAAGCUAUGUACGGGACUGAGCACUUUCGCCAGCUGUGGUCCAGAUACUGCGACUUUUACCAGGACCUACUGCACAAAAACCAUGGUGAAGUGUGCCGCAAGGAGCUGCCACUAAUAAGGUGCCCAACACUGGUAGUGCAAGGAGGCAAGGACCCACUGGUGCCAAUGCAUCAUGCUCUCUACUUGUUGCAACACAUUGCAAAAGCAAAACUAUAUUUGAUUCCUGAUGGAAAGCACAAUCUGCACUUCAAGUAUGCUGACGAGUUCAACAAAGUUGUUACUGAGUUUUUAAUCAGUUGAUAUGACUGAAUCAUGGUAAACUAGCACGAUUGCCAUUUUGUGUCCUCAUGGCAAAAGGUUCAAAUAAACUGAUGAUUUUUAUUUUUA